UAGUGGAUUGUGAUUGAUCUGUUUAUGACUGUCUGAUGUGUGUGUUUUUGUGUGAAAGUACUGUCGUGCUAAAAUUCUGGAUUGUUCAAAACAUUUCUCAGGCAGAGUCAGCAGUCAGUUAGAAAUCUCAGAGAGCUUUAUUCACGAUACCGGAGACCUACGCCGUGUCACUAGCAGACGUAGUCUGAAUAUGCGGAGAAAAGGCACACUUCUUACAGGACUGGUCAAAGCUUACAUCUCCCCUUGUGACAUGUCAAAUAUCCACUGACCACAUCCAACACCCAAACUCAUCCAACAUUGUACACAAGGAUGAAUCCCUUAAUAACCGACAUCCGUGACAUUUCCCCAAACUUUGACCUAACGUACAUGAAGGCGCCAACCUCCUUAGUGAAGAUGGCAGCUCCAUCUCAGGGCCCCCUCUAGCCAAACCAGCACGUAGUCCCAAUCACCUGAGAAAGAAUGUCACACAUGCUAAACAUCUCUCAUCAUCCCAAUUUCUGUUCACUUAUACACUUCUAUGAAUAACGUGCUCACAAACAAAAGUAAAAGAGCACAUGAGUAAAAUAUACAGAACACACAUAUGGUUUUCUUGCACACAGAUCUGAAAGGUUAAAAUGUCCUCCUACAGAACAAUAUGUGUGUUCAGGAAAGUGUACUGUCUGUGUGUGUGUGUGUUUCUGAUUGUAUGUAAAUGAGUGUGUUUCCAUUGUGUGUGUGUGUGUGUGUGUUAGUGAUAGAGGUGCAGUACCGUCAUGGCCGCCCUGUCCUUCACUUGAUGCUGCCGUCUCGCGGUGAGGCGUGCCGCUUCCCGCUCAGGCCCAUGAUGAUGACCGUGGCCGACCUUUUGUCUGACAUCCAGAAUGAGGACCCUGGGGUCACCACAACUGCCAUACUCACCGCAGAUGGAAACAAGGUGUCCUCCAGUACCCUACUCGACUCAGUUCUGAAUAAUAACUUCCAGCUGGUCAUCAAUGACACCACCUACAGCAUUAUCUCACCCUCCAAUGAUGAGCUGUGCCAUGAGCAUCUGACGGGGCUGGAGGACGUGAAGAUGGUUGUGCACCUGCUCUACACGGCCCUCCAUCUGCCAGAGCACCAGCGCCUCAAGGAGAGGCAGCUCCUAGAGAGACUGGACACCCUCAGACAGCUGCUGCAGCCCCUGGAGAGGGAGCGUGCUGGUCUGGAGGCGCGGGCGGAGGCUGAGUCUAUGCGGUACGUGUGGGGGGGGCUGGCCUACAUGUCUGUGCAGGGGGGGUUCAUGGGCUGGCUCACCUGGUGCGUCUUCUCCUGGGAUGUCAUGGAGCCCGUCACCUACUUCAUCACCUACACCUGGAGCAUGGGGCUGCUCGCCUACUUCCUACUCACACAGCAGGGAAACAACCAGCAACCUGUCUCAGUAGCCAAUCAGGAGUUCAUGUAUGCUGAUGCCAAAGACCGUCACUUCUUGUCCCACCUCCACCGUGCAGCAGCCAGAGAGGGGUUUGACAUCACACAUUACAACAAGCUCAAGGAGGAGGUUCUCCAGGUGGAAAAUGACUUGCGUCGCUUGAGGAAUCCCAUCAAGCUCCAGUUACCAGUGGAGCAAGUCCAAGGCUGAGGCUGACACACACACAGACUAGACUCUUAGAGGACUGUACUGUUACUGUGCUGGGCUCUGCAUCUACAUGGGAUAUUGCCUUAAGAUUGUGAAACACAAUAUCAUUCAUAUCCCAUGAGACACUGCCUUGUCUGACUGAUGGGUUUGAACCUGAGUUUAACUCAAUGUUUCUAUUGUAAUGUUUAUGUCUGUUACAGGCUUUUAUUUGUAUGUUGUCUAUUGUUAUAACACUUUAAAAAUUAUUUUGUGAAAAUAAAGUAUUUUCUUGCUUAUGCUA